AUGGCCGGAAUAAGAGAAGAAGCAACGGCGACCCUUCUGAACAAGACGGCGGAGAACGGCAAAGAAGAGGAUACUUUGGAGACGAGAGAGAAGAUUUGGAUUGAAUCAAAGAAGCUAUGGGUUGUGGCGGCUCCGGCGAUAUUCACGAGAUUCUCUACGUUUGGAGUGUCUUUGAUAAGUCAAGCUUUCAUCGGCCACCUUGGCCCGACCGAGUUAGCCGCUUUCUCCAUCAGUUUCACCGUUCUCCUCCGUUUCAGUAAUGGUAUCUUGGUGAGACACUCUCUUCUCUACUCCUAUUUCUAUUCUUUUUAA